GCACAACAAGUUCGAACGUUCGCUAACAGGACCAACAAGUCGUUUGAGUUGAUGCCAAAAUUAAUUCAGUUAAAGUCGGCUCCGCGGUGAGAAUAGUUAAAAUUCGUCUUCUUCGAUAAUUUAUUAAGUGGAUUGAGUGAAAUGUGUUGACGGGAAGUCCGCUGAAAAUGAGCCUGAUUGAAGCGACCCCAUCCGAACUCUUCCACGAGAUAAUCAAAUUGCAGUUGAAAAAGCCCAAGAACUGGAACUGGCAAUUAUCGACAUCGAAAUCUUCACCCCACAUUGCACUUCCGAUAAUACAGCUUUACAAUUCAAAGGGGCAAUUGGUGGUCGAAGCCAAAGACAGUGGCGUGACCCAGCGCCGAAGUUGGCACAGUUUGGACAUCCGACAAAAAGAAAAGCCCACAAACGCCAAGAAGGAAUAUAAAGAACCAACAGACAGACAUUUACAGAGAUGUAGAAGCGACACAUUAGAAACGGACUCGAGGAAAAACCGCUGUGCAAACAAAUUGGAUUCGAUAAGAAGGAGAGAGACGCAGAAAUCGACGAAUAAUAAAUUAACUAAGAGCUCCAGUGCGGCGCUGGAGAGAAGGGCCAACGAAAAUAGGAAAUCAGGAAGCUACAAUGAGAGUUCGAUUAAGGGGAACACACUGCAUGAUCUCAGGAAAUCGAGCAGCGACGUUCUGGAACUUAAGGGAAAUCCCCGUUUCGGCGAAACUUGUGCCCGGAAGCCCCUUUUCGGCGAAAACAAAGAAAAAAGGGACUUCAUCCCAGGCCACCGUCGAAGUCGAAGCGACGACCUGUUCCGCCGAAAAUUAAAAACCAACGAGGAAAGUUUGAAACGGGCCGAACUCGACGGUUACAAAAACUUCAUCACGCCGAAUGUUUUAUUGCCCAAUAACGCCUCUAAUAUCGAAGUAAACCAUUUCAAACAGAACAGGUACAAAACAAGGACAAGCAGCGCCGGCACGUUAAUAAUUAGCGAGGAAAGUUUUAACAACCGCCAGCGACGCCGUCGCCGUCGAGACGCGUCAAUAGAAAACUCGAACAACGCCCAGAAUAAUGCGGGUCCGUACGGCGACACAAUGCCAAAUACGGAAAGGACCACAAAUCUUCCGGAAAAUCGAUACGCUUCCGAAAAAAUCCACAAAGGAUCGACGAGAUUGUCCGAAAAUGGUGAAUCGGGUGGUUUGUUCUACUCCCGCAGUGAUGUGUUUCCUUUGAAACUGAAUAAAAAAUGCGACGAUAAUUGUAAUUACUUAGUGACAACCCCCGACAGUGAUAACAAAAACAAUAAAAGUUUCCAAGCAAUCAUGGAAAAAUUGGAAAGGAAAAAACGCAGAAAAGUUCGGAGACAUUACAGUGAUGCAUCAACGUCGCCCACCGCCUUGGAAAAGAAAUAUCAACAUAAAAGAAAGGGAAACGGGACAAAAGCACGUGUGUCCAAAGAGCACCCAAAGGACGCCGUCGACGGCAGCGGUGAUUCCGACUUGCUGCAGCUGGUGCGUCGUCUCUCUUCGAGCGAUCAUGUGAAGAUGGGGGCCAACGUCAGCCGUCACUCGUCCAAGGGUCUCUCCGGACGACGGUCCCAAUCCAGUGGCAGCAUAUGCAACGGAAAGGGAAGACACAACGACGGCAAGAUGUGUGGCAGUCUUCCGAGCUACUUGGACGACCGCAACUCCAACGGCUGCAAUAACAACCAUCACGACUGCGAGAAACCGCCUCUUGAUGAGGUGCAGAGGAUACCGCCUCUGGGGGAUGGGGCGCCGCUUCACUGGAAGUUUUCAGAUAACCAGACGGUGCUCUGCGACCAGGGCUACGGCUCGGAACGUUCCCCCGAGGAGGAAUAUCCGCCGCCCUUGCCCGACCAUGACACUCAAUGUCACCACCACCUGGAGCCCCACGCUUGCUACCCUUUCAUCACACCAGAAAGUACUUUCAUUGUGAAACUGACCAAGAGUUCAAGAGGUCUUGGUCUGAGCGUGACUGGUGGUAUUGACAGCGGCGGCUCGUGGCCUGGCCUAAUACGAAUCAAAAGACUGUUUCCACACCAGCCGGCGUCGGCUUGUGGGCUCUUAAACGUAGGGGAUCUCAUAAUAGAAGCUAACGGAAUUACGCUUACCGGCCUUACAAAUUACGAGGCUUUAGAAGUAUUAAGGACUGCACCCAACCAAGUCGACUUGAAGGUGUGCCGCCCUCCUCCAGACGUCUUAAGCUGUGUCAGCCCCAUAUCUGAAGUUCCUCCGCCGCCUCCGCGCCGCGAGCCGCCCACUAGUCUUAACUUGCACCCGUCGGAAGUCUACUGUACUCCCGAAGACGACUAUUACCACGGUGAGUUCGAAGUAACGCUGACCAAAAUACAGGGAUCUCUAGGAUUUACGUUGCGGAAAGAGGACGAUAGUGCGUUAGGACAUUAUGUGAGGGCUCUUGUCCGGGAGCCUGCACUCACGGAUGGACGGAUUCGCGCAGGGGACAAAAUUAUUGCCGUAAAUGAGGUUGAAAUAUCGCCGAUGUCGCAUGAACAGGCGGUGCAGUUUCUUCGACAGUGUGGGGACGUCGUCAAGUUGCGGCUGUAUCGCGACUCCGCUCAGACGCCGGUGGCAGCGCUGUCGCCGACGGAAACCACGCCGCGAACUUCGUUCUCAAAGAAAACACAUCUGAGACAAGAAGCUGUGGACAUGCUGAACGACAUAGCAGUCCGUAAGCUGAUUCCCGCAAACCACGCAACUUACAAAUGCUCGACGUCUCCGACGGCCUCACCUCGCCGCCUCCGUCGGCAAGCCUGCCCUUCGGACGCCUCCCAAAUGACCGACACCUCGAUAAAAUACCUGAUAAACGACGAACAAUUCCACGAAGGCCUCCUCCAGAAGUGCCCCUACGACGACGACAGCUUGAACCUUUUCACCAUAGACCCCGACGACGGCGACCGGCCGUCGCGCCCCAGCUCCCUCGACCUCUACAACCCCAACCAAACGCCCGUCGCGGCCCGAAAACCCCGAUUCAACUUCUCCCUCGCCCACAACGCUUACGAACUGAACAAUCUCGAUGCAGACGUGCUAGAUGCCCCGAAUUUGACGUACAAUUUGGGCAACGAAGACGUCAAAAGCACGGAAGUCGAAUGCGGCGACAGCUUCCCGAAGGAACCAGCGAGUAUGCCGCACAUUCCGUGCGACAAUCAGGGCUUUAGCUACAAAAACCCCGUCUAUCAGUCCGCUCAUCCGCCAUGCGGGACGGAACUAGAGGAAAAGGCCGCUUCAGGCCAGAAAACUAGCAAAACGGACGACACCAACAUGAAGAAGUGGAAAGGGAUUGUUUUUGACGGGCAUGACGAGAGAGAGGAGAUCCCCUCGAUGCCAAUACGGGAAGAAUAUGAAAUUCUCGCGAUAGAGCUGAACAGGGGAUGGAACAGCAGGUUGGGCUUCAGCUUGCAGGGGGCUGCCGGGGUGACGUACGUGAGUGCCGUGCAUGCGGACAGUGUGGCAGCGAGAGACGGGAGGUUGAAGCCGGGCGAUCGCGUGAUUAAGGUGAAUGACGAGAGCGUAGAGCAUUUGAGUACCACUGAAAUUAUAGACUUGCUUCGAAUAGUGAGAGGUCCAGUUUGUAUAGUUGUAUCCAGAAUUAAAUCAAAAGAAGACUGCCCAAAAAGCAAUGCUGAGAAUUGAAACGUAGUACAAGUUAUAUUCUAAGAGCAUCUAUCAAAUAUAACACUAAAUAGGAAAAUUGAUUAAAUAUAUUGCAUGUUGAAAAAUGAUUGAGCGAUUUAGGCUAUUUUAACAAUUUUAAACUCCUUGUUUUAGUAAAGUAAGGAAAAGAAUGUGAUAGUUUAGUGACAAUUUUAUUACGGUUGUUUUUUAAAUAUUUCCCUACGUAAAAUGUGAUUUUUUAAAUACGAUAUUUUUGUUAGUGGUUUUUUCUGUUUCCAAAUGUGUAAAGUAUAAUGUUCUUGUAUCUAGAAUUUUAAGCUAGUCUUGUAUUGUAUAUGGUACACCUUACAGACUUAUUAUAUAAGUCUAGCUAGCAUUACAUGUAGUUAAAACGUAUUAAAAUUACUAUUAGAUGAAUGUUCAACAAGUAGAAUCAAAGUGUACAACAAAUAUUCCAAUUUUAAAAAAUGAUAUUAAAAUUGUAUUCUAAAUUCUCGCCUAAAUAGCAAAUGUGUAUUCUUUAUUUUUUGUAAGAUAAUGGUGAAUCAAACUAUAAAUCAAUUAAAUUUUAGCAAUACUUGAAACUAAAAAAUAUAUCUAUAACAUUUGUUAUUCAAACCGUUUCCUUUUCUUGUGUUACACUUUUUAAUAGAAAUUUAUAAACAACUCGUUCUUUUAAUCAAACCAAAGAGGAAUAAAAUCGUUGAAAUGAC